AUGGAUGCAGAAAACAAUAGCUCUUAUAUCCAAUACCCUGACUUUCUCCUCAUCUGCUUCCCUAACUACCAGAGUUGGCAGCACUGGCUGUCUUUGCCCUUCAGCCUCCUCUUCCUGCUGGCCAUGGGGGCCAACAUCACCCUCCUCCUCACCAUCUGCCUGGAUAACUCUCUGCAUCAACCCAUGUACUACCUGCUGAGCCUCCUCUCCCUGCUGGACAUGGUGCUCUGCCUCGCUGUCAUCCCCAAGGUCUUAGACAACUUCUGGUUUGGCAACAAGUCCAUUGGCUUCUCUGCUUGCUUUCUGCAGAUGUUCAUCAUGAACAGUUUCCUCACCAUGGAGUCCUGCACGUUCAUGGUCAUGGCCUAUGACCGCUAUGUGGCCAUCUGCCACCCUCUUCGCUACCCUUCCAUCAUCACAGAUCAAUUUGUGGCCAGGGCUUCUGUCUUUACUGUGGUUCGUAAUGGCCUUCUGACUCUGCCCAUCCCCAUCCUUUCUUCCAAGCUGAGAUACUGUGCAAGAAUCAUUACAAACUGCAUCUGCACCAACCUGUCUGUGUCCAGACUCUCUUGUGAUGACAUUACUUUCAAUCGGCUCUACCAGUUUGUAAUAGGUUGGACGCUGCUGGGGUCUGACUUUGUCCUUAUUGUGAUCUCUUACUCCUUCAUCUUGAGAGUGGUGCUAAGGAUCAAGGCUGAGGGGGCAGUGGCCAAGGCCCUGAGCACAUGUGGGUCCCACUUCAUCCUCAUCCUCUUCUUCAGCACGGUGCUGCUGGUUCUGGUCAUCACUAACCUGGCCAGGGAGAGAAUUCCUCCAGAUGUCCCCAUCCUGCUCAACAUCCUGCACCACCUGAUCCCUCCAGCCCUGAACCCCAUUGUGUAUGGUGUGAGAACCAAGGAGAUCAAGCAGGGAAUCCAGAACAUACUGAGGAGGUUGCAAUAG